AGGCAGCCCAAGUCUCUGCUCUCUCAUCCAUUUCUCUUGCCUCCUUCUCCUCAGCAAUCAGGUGCACCUGUGACCYCGAGCCAUGUCCUGCUGCCCACCCUCCUGCAACCCUUGCUGCCAGCCCUGCGGCCCCUGCCCGCUGGCCAACAGCUGCAAUGAGUGCUGUGUCCGCCAGUGCCAGAGCUCCCACGUGGCCAUCCAGCCCUCCCCGGUGCUGGUGACCCUGMCUGGCCCCAUCCUCAGCUCCUUCCCUCAGAACACCGUGGUGGGAUCUUCUACCUCUGCUGCCGUCGGCAACAUCCUCAGCUGUGGUGGAGUGCCCAUCAACUCCGGUGGCUUUGACCUCUCCUGCAUCACCAACUGCUAUGGCGGCAGCAGGUGCCGUCCCUGCUAAAUCUGCCGGCAACAACCUUGGGCAAGAACCUCCAAGACCUCAGAACCUGGUUCUGGUCAGGAGAUAGAGCUUUGGAGUAUUUUUUUUACAACUUCAUGGCAUUAUUCCCUUCUACUUUUUCUCCCUUUCCUUUGCUCUCCAUAUGUCCCAAGGCCAGCCUGGUGGAGAUGUGUUGUCCUACCUCCCUCCCUCUGCCAUCAGGCAGAUGGGCAACCUGCAGAAGUUCUACUGCAUCUUAGUGGCUCUUCCUGGUGCUCUCUGUAAGCCACCUCCUUCAGAUCUAAAAACUCAUUA